UUCUGAAUUGUAAAAUAUUAUUUUAAAUGCAUUACUGUUGUAGAAUGAAAUAAUAUUAUAGUUUUAGAAUGAAGUCUUAUUUAUAACUAUAUAAUGACAAAUUUCUAUCUGAUUAUAUCUGUGUAUGUGACUGACAUGAAAACAAUAACCCAACUUAACCUGUGUAAAAAAGAUACAUUAUUCAAAUUUGAUAAUUCAGUGAAACAUGAAGUGAAUUAGUAUAGAAACAUUCAAUUAAAAUUCCAGAGAAUUAUAGUGCUAUGAAUUCCCAGAAUGGAUAUUGAGCCUUUGAUGAAUGGUAAUGUAGAAAAAGGAAAUGAAAACUCAAGAUCUCUUCACCAUCCUUGUACUCAACAAGAGUUCAAUUCUGCCUAUCACUAUGUUGACGUUCCAGAAACAGGUCUGUACAGAAAACUACAGAAGAGUGCUCACUGCAACUUAGUGUCAUGUUUGGUUUCUCUGGUACCAGUGCUACAUUGGCUGCCAAGAUAUAAGUGGAAGGAGAAUUUUUUAGGUGAUGUCAUUUCUGGGUUCACAGUUGCUGUCAUGCAUAUUCCUCAGGGUAUGGCAUAUUCAAGCCUGGGAGGUGUACCACCAAUAGUUGGAAUAUACAUGGCAUUUUUCCCAGUGCUAGUAUAUUUCUUGUUUGGAACAUCCCGUCAUGUUUCAAUGGGUACAUUUGCAGUAGUGUGUAUGAUGGCCAGCAAGCCUGUACUACGUUACUCUACACCUUCGGCUGUUCUAUUAUCCAACUCUACUUCAAGCGAAACAUUCUCUGAUUCUCCUCUGCCGUUGUACACUCCUAUACAAGUUGCCACUGUAGUAUGUUUGGUUGUGGGUAUUUGGCAGGUAAUUCUUGGGGUCUGCAGGCUGGGAUCAUUGACAGUGCUGAUGUCCGACACCCUUAUUAGUGGUUUCACUACUGGUGCUUCAGUUCUAGUCUUCACUUCACAAAUUAAACAUGUUUUUGGAAUAAAAAUUCCUCGGCAUGCCGGGCCUCUAAAAUUAAUUUAUACUUAUAUUGAUCUCAUCAAAAUGAUAAACCAGACAAAUUUCUUGGCAUUAGCCAUGACUUUAUCUGUGGUCACAAUACUCACAGUCUUUGUGCAAUGUAUCAAGCCAAGAUUGUCGAAGAAGUCUAAAUUUCCAGUGCCAAUGGAACUGAUCAUAGUUGUCCUUGGUACUCUUAUCUCCCGGCACUUCCAGUUGCCAGAGAAGUUCAACAUCUCUGUAGUUGGAGACAUUCCCACUGGAUUGCCCAAACCAGAAGUGCCUCCAUUGGUUCUAGUACCUAACGUAUUAGUAGAUGGUUUGGUGAUCGCAAUCGUAGCUUUCUCAAUCAACAUCUCCAUGGCAUCUAUUUUUGCACGCAAGGAUAAUUAUAAAGUAGAUGCAAAUCAAGAACUACUGGCAUCUGGAUUUGGCAAUGUUGUUGGGUCACUGUUCUCCUGCCUGCCAUUUGCUGCUUCUCUGUCACGUAGUUUGAUCCAGCAUGGUGUGGGUGGCAAGACACAGGUGGCUAAUAUCGUUUCCUGCUCCAUCUUGGUCCUUGUGUUGCUCUUCAUUGGACCUUUCUUUGAACCUCUUCCCCAUUGUGUUCUGGCAGGUAUAAUAAUAACUGCGUUGAAGGGAAUGUUGAUGCAAGUGAAGGAUCUGCCAGUAGCUUGGAGACACUAUCGAAGGGAUGGUGUGAUAUGGAUAGUUACAUUUGUGUCCGUCAUACUAAUAGAUAUUGAUGUCGGCCUGGGAGUGGGAAUCAUUGUCUCUCUAGCCUCUAUCAUCCUCAUGGGCCAGAAUCCCCAGAUUCAUGUCCUAGGUAAUCUGCCUAAUACAGAUAUCUACUUGGAAAUAGACAGAUACCAUACGGCAUUACAAGUUCCGAAGGUUCUAGUUAUUAAGAUUUCUGGAGGAAUGCAUUUCGCAAAUAACAGUUUUGUCAAAUCAAAAAUUGACAAGCUGUUGAGGAAGGAACUGGAAGAUGUAAAAAAACCUAAGAUAAAAAAUGUAGUGAUAGACAUGUCUGCUGUGAUAUUCAUCGACCCGUCGUCUUCUCAAGUACUACUCAAUCUAGCAAAUGAUCUUGAAAAACUGCAAAUUUCUCUCUGCCUUGCCAAGUGUUCGGUUCAUGUUCAUGAGCAGUUGAAGAGGAGUGAAUUCUUCACAAAAUUUUCAGAGGACAAACUCUUCCCAUCUGUAGAUAAUGCUGUUUUGUAUACUCAAGGUUCUAGUCUUGCCCUUCAAGAUAGUUCAAAUGUCCCAUUAUGACGAUUGUGUAGUAUUAUUGAUAAUGUUGUUAAUUUUAUUAACAGUAUUGUAGCUGAAUUUGUAAAUGUCCACACUAAAUGUUUCUAUAAAAUAGUAUAAAUUUUAAAGUGGUGAAGGUCAAGAACAAGACAAAUGUCUAGUAUACUUUUAGUUGUACUUAAAUAUUUUAAACAUUAAUACACCAAAGACUGAUCUUUCACUCUAUUCAGGAAUGUUAUCUUUAUAGGACAUAAAACCAAAGGAUUUCAAGUUUAGACUAUGUGAUGUUACAAAAGUACAGUGUGUACUUAUAAUUAUUAUCUCUUUACUGGUAAUGUUUCAAACAUUAAAACAAUUUCUAUUGACUGUUAGGGCCAUAUUUUAACGGUUUGUAAUUCUACUAUUAUUAGUGAUGUAUAUGCACCAAAAUAGUUUUAAAGAAAGAAUGUCGGAAUCUGCUUUAGCUUAUCACUACCCAACUCAGCCAAGAGCUGCUUGUUAUGAAGUCAUGGGUGAUGAAAUCAGGAACAACAUAACGUAUUUAGUGCCUAAAACUUCUUGCAAUGGUGAGUAAAAGUUGGUCAUUCUAUUGCAAGCACAUAUAUUCCUCUCAAACUGUGCUUAUCAUCUAAUUCUAGGACUGGAGCUCCGACUUCCUUUUACUUGGGUUUAAAGUAUUAGGUUUUAAAUACUGUGUUAGUGGGACAGUGUACAAAUCUAACCUAGUCUUCUCAACAGAAUCUUAUUGACUUUUUAAUAAUCAAACACCACCUUAGUAAAGUUUGUUGCUGAAAACAUUAAGAGUUCAAACAUUUGUGACUGUCUAAAAAUGAGGCUUAGCAAUAAUAACAUGGAAGACAGCUUUAAAAGUCGAUAAUUAAUUAAGAUAUACUGAAGGGUUUUAAAAGAAAUGUUGUAAUAGAAUAAACUUGAAUAUAAUGGUGCAAGUUCACUAGAUACUGCAUUCUGGCAUUUUUCUCCAGUUUCAAUUUAAUCUAGAAGACAAUUUUGUAGUAAUGAUUUAGUUGUUAUAACAAUCAAUGAUGAAUAUAGAAACCCUUCAUAAUCAACAGAUCGUAGCAGUUGUAGUGUGCACGCUCUCGGCAGAGAGGUUUUUUAAUACAAAAAACUAUUUAUUGUACAUAAUAGUCUGACUGGCUGAUAGCGUAAGUAAAUUAUGAAAAUAUUUUUGCUGAAAACUUGUGAAUAUAUUUUUAAAGAUAUAUUUUGGUAUAGAGUUAGAUUUUAUGUUUUGAUGAAAGUAAUAAAAAGGUAUAAGCAACUAAAUAAUAUAUUUGUCAUCUUUGACAAUAUUAUAAUCGUACUUGUACUGUUGUGUACUUAAAUUUCAUAAGUAAUGAUGAGGUUUAUUGUAAAGUAAUUUAUUUUAAAGUCUUUAAAAAUAAUUUAGGAUGUCUUAAGAAUUUAGGACUUAGGUAUAUGAGAAAAUUAAAAUUGCUACUUAAAAAUUUGUAA